AUGUUCUUCCCUCGGCAUAACGGCGUCGACCACAGCGCAAGCACGCCAUCCACGACCCCCAUGUCGCACGACAUGUCGGACAUGGCCAUGCCCGGCAUGAAGAUGUACGUGCACGGCACGAUUGGCGUGCUGUGGUUUGCGAGUUGGCAGCCCUCGACCGCUGGCGCGACGGUGGGCGUGUGUAUUGGUCUCUUCCUCAUGGCCAUUCUCGACCGAUACAUCCACGCGCUUUGGCGCGCGUGCUCAGCCGCAUGGAAUAGGGGACGAGUGGGAUUCUUCCUCCCCGUUACAAAGGGAGAUCUUCCCAACCUCAACCCCAACUCGUCAUCUAGUUCUAGCUCUAGCUCAGCCCUUGAGGCCGUCCUCGCCCUCGAUCCGAUUGGGGUGAGGAAGCGCGAGGCGGCACCGCUUUCCGUUGCCGGCGGGUGUUGUGGUGAUGUAAAGGAAGAGCUCGCGCCAGGCGCUUGCGAUUGUGGAUGCGGAGGAGAGUGCGGAUCGUCCUCGGCAACGCCGUGCCGCGGGACUGGUAACUGCGUGCCCGAUUACCCUACAGACGCUCCUCCAGAGAAGGACCCGCUGGCGUACCUCCCUGCCGCCGUGCGCUCCAGCCUCGACCCCGAGCGCGCUGGACGCUGGUCGCGUCCGUUCCGGUUCGGGACAGACGUGCCCCGCGGCCUGCUUUACAUGCUCCUCAUGGUCAUCCACUUUGCGCUCAUGCUCGUCAUCAUGACGUUCCAGCUUUGGUGGAUUAUCAGUGUCAUCGUCGGCCUAGGUGUCGGCGAGAUGCUGUUUGGACGGUUUGGCGCUGAGCGUAUCUAG